UGGUAGUUUCAUUUGGAGUCUAGGAGGAGUUGCUGUAAGGUCGACCGAGCAUCCUACUCCAAAAAACAACUAAAAACAUCACCCCGCGGAAUUUAUCUGCGUUCUACGAGUACAGAAAGCUGGAGGACCGAGCAGAGUCUCAGAGCUUUGGCUAGGACUGGACGUUGAUGCCUUUUCCUCACUGAGAUAGUAGUGAGGCAGCUAGCAAACCAUCCUUCUCCAUUUGUAGCUCUCCGCAUGUCUGUAGCUGUGCUAUCUUUUUGAGAAAUUGAGCAUUCGCCCUUUUCGAAAUUCGGAAGAACCGGGUGUCUGAUAUAGGCUGGAAGCAAUAUCCAGACUGUCUUCCGCCACUUGGCCGGUAGUGUGAGCCACUUCUAUGUCGGAAAGAACUUGGGGUUAGAAGCAGUGUAGUUUUGCUAUAGCACACGAGUUGUGUGGACAUUUAGCUGGGUUUUUGUUUCUGAGAGCUCGUCUUUUCACAGGUAAUAUUUGCCAUGUCGGCAUCAUCCUCUGCGCCUCCCGCCCAGGGAGCUAACCCCCAGUCAGAAAAUGAGGGUCUGAAUGUGGACACUGGUUUGAAGCCCGCCGGUCCCACACCCAGCUCGAGUCGAUUCCAGGUGGAUUUAGUGGCUGAAGCAGCCGGCGCCGCAGAUAAAACGCUCGCGUCUGGAGACAAAGCCAACCCUGCCCCAGAAGGUUCGGAGCCAGCGGCUAUUGGUGAGGAGGCAAAGGGCCGGUUUAGGGUGGUGAACUUUGUGGAUCCGAGUGGCGCGAGCCCACCAGAAGCAGUGCCGGCUGAAGGCUUCCAGAAUGGAGACACGGUAAUGAGUGAAGGCAGUCUGCAUUCUUCGACAGGGGGCCAGCAUCACUACCACUAUGAUACCCAUACGAACACCUAUUACCUGAGGACGUUUGGCCACAACACCAUCGACGCGGUGCCGAACAUUGAUUUCUACCGGCAAACUGCUGCGCCGCUGGGGGACAAGCUGAUAAGACCCACCCUGUCGGAGCUGCACGACGAGCUAGACAAGGAGCCAUUUGAGGACGGCUUUGCCAACGGGGAUGAGUUGACCCCGGCCGAGGAGGCUGCAGCAAAGGAGGCGUCUGAACCCAAGGGAGCAGUCAAGUUCGGAUGGAUCAAAGGGGUGCUGGUGCGCUGCAUGUUGAACAUUUGGGGCGUGAUGCUCUUUAUCCGUAUGUCAUGGAUCGUGGGCCAGGCGGGAAUUGUUCUCUCCUGUUUGAUCAUUCUCAUGGCAACGGUUGUGACCACGAUCACCGGCCUUUCUACAUCAGCGAUUGCGACCAAUGGCUUCGUACGAGGAGGAGGGGCAUACUAUCUAAUAUCCAGGAGUUUGGGUCCAGAGUUUGGUGGCUCCAUUGGUCUGAUCUUUGCCUUUGCCAAUGCGGUGGCAGUCGCCAUGUACGUGGUGGGCUUUGCUGAAACCGUUGUGGAGCUUCUCUCAAGCACGGAUUGCAUCAUGACGGAUGAGAUCAACGACAUCCGUAUCGUUGGCACCAUCACAGUCAUCCUCCUCCUUGGCAUCUCUGUGGCGGGCAUGGAAUGGGAGGCCAAGGCCCAGAUCUUCCUGCUGAUCGUCCUCAUUACUGCCAUCUUUAACUACUUCAUCGGCACUUUCAUCCCCCUAAAGUCCAAGGAGGCGCAGGGCUUCUUUGGCUACAACAGUGCAAUCAUGAUGGAGAACAUGGGUCCGGACUUCCGGGGCACUGAGUCGUUUUUCUCCGUCUUCGCCAUCUUCUUCCCGGCGGCCACCGGCAUCCUGGCCGGGGCAAACAUCUCUGGAGAUCUUUCUGAUCCUCAGCAGGCCAUUCCAAGAGGAACGUUGUUGGCCAUUCUGAUCACCGGUAUCGUCUACCUGGGGGUUGCCAUUUCUACUGGCUCGUGCAUCGUGAGAGACGCCACGGGAAACGACAACGACACCCUCAGCAGUCAGUUCAUGGCCAACUGCACUGAAGCCGCCUGCAAGUUCGGCUACGACUUCUCCUCCUGCAAGAGUGACAACGGCAAAUACGUCUGCGAAUACGGACUCCAGAACGACUUCCAGGUCAUGAGCACUGUGUCUGGUUUUGGGCCCAUCAUCACCGCCGGGAUUUUCUCUGCCACCCUUUCUUCCGCUCUGGCGUCUUUGGUCAGCGCCCCCAAAGUGUUUCAGGCCUUGUGCAAAGACAACAUCUACCCCGGCCUGGAGAUGUUCGCCAAGGGCUACGGCAAGAACAACGAGCCCCUCCGCGGCUACAUCCUUACGUUCUGCAUCGCUCUGGCCUUCAUCCUCAUCGCUGAGUUGAACGUCAUCGCUCCCAUCAUCUCCAACUUCUUCCUGGCAUCCUAUGCUCUCAUCAACUUCUCAGUGUUCCACGCCUCCCUGGCCAACUCUCCAGGAUGGCGGCCCAGCUUCAAGUACUACAACAUGUGGGUGUCCCUGGCCGGAGCUGUGCUGUGCUGCGUGGUCAUGUUUGUCAUCAACUGGUGGGCCGCCCUGAUGACCAACGUUAUCGUCAUGGGACUCUACAUCUACGUCAGCUACAAGAAACCUGAUGUGAAUUGGGGCUCCUCCACCCAGGCUCUGACGUACCACCAGGCUCUGACCCACAGUCUGCACCUCAGCAGUGUUGAAGACCACAUCAAGAACUUCAGACCCCAGUGCUUGGUGAUGACGGGCUACCCCAACUCCCGUCCGGCUCUGCUCCACUUGGUCCACGCUUUCACCAAGAACGUAGGCCUGAUGAUCUGUGGCCAUGUGCGCAUUAGUUCCAGAAGGCCCAACUUCAAAGAGCUGUCGAAUGACCAGACACGAUACCAACGGUGGCUCCUGAAGAAUGAAACCAAGGCGUUCUACACCCCCGUGUUCGCUGAGGACAUUCGAGAAGGGACUCAGUACCUGCUACAGGCUGCCGGACUGGGUCGUCUGAGGCCCAACACCCUGGUGAUUGGCUUCAAGAAUGACUGGAAGGACGGUGACAUGGCUAAUGUGGAGACCUACAUCCAAAUGAUACAUGAUGCCUUUGACUUUCAGUAUGGUGCUGUGGUCCUCAGACUGAAGGAGGGACUAGAUGUGUCUCACAUCUCAGAACAAGACGACCUGCUCUCCUCGCAGGAGAAGACGUCUGGGAUGAAAGACGUGGUGGUGUCCAUCGACCUGAAGGACUCUGACGGAGACUCAUCCAAACCCUCGUCCAAGGCCACCAGCAUCCAGAACAGCCCUGCCACACAGAAAGAUGACGAGGACGAAGGCAAAGCCGCAACGAAGCCCCUGUUGAGAAAAGUCUUGUGCUUUCGAAAAAGUGUCGAGCCGGAGAAGAGGCCCCAGGCGUUGAACGUGGCCGACCAGAGGCUCCUGGACGCCAGCCAGCUCUUUAAGAGGAAACAGGGCAAGGGGACCGUGGACGUGUGGUGGCUGUUUGACGACGGGGGACUCACCCUGUUGAUCCCCUACCUGCUCACCAACAAGAAGAAGUGGAAGGAGUGCAAGAUUCGCGUGUUCAUCGGAGGCAAAAUCAACAGGAUCGACCACGACCGCAGAGCGAUGGCAACACUGCUCAGCAAGUUCAGGAUAGAUUUCUCGGAUAUCAACGUACUGGGAGACAUCAACACCAAGCCCAAGAAAGAGAAUGUGACUGCCUUUGAGGAGAUGAUUGAGCCAUACCGGCUGAAGGAAGACGACAUGGAGCAGGACGCGGCCGAGGCACUGAAGGCCAGCGAGCCCUGGAGGAUCACGGACAAUGAGCUGGAGCUCUACCGGGCCAAGACUAAUCGUCAGAUCAGACUAAACGAACUGCUGAAGGAACACUCGAGCACAGCCAACCUCAUUGUCAUGAGCAUGCCGCUGGCCCGGAAGGGAGCGGUGUCCAGCGCUCUCUACAUGUCCUGGCUGGAGGUCCUGUCCAAGGACCUGCCUCCCCUCCUCCUGGUGCGCGGAAACCACCAAAGCGUCCUUACCUUCUACUCUUAAAUACACGCACGCACGCACACACUUUCACUAGUGCUGCCUCUGGGACCGCCCACGUCUCCUAUCCCAGGGCCAGCCCUGAGUCACUCAUGACACACACUCCAAUGAAGGUAGAGCCCGUAGCCAUUGAUGAUGAUGAUGAUAAAGGAUAUGGUGUUGCUCCGGAGGUCCGGCUUCCAAUGUGAAAGGGGGUUGGUCAGUAACGUCCCCCACUACAUUUUUCAAAAUGGUGACCGAAGUGAACGUUGCGAAAGAAGUGAACAAUUACAUUUUUCUCAGUCGAGUUCCUCUUUGGCUUGAAAGCACCUGAGCACACUAUUCACACGCUAUUAAUAUUGUUAUUAUUAAUCCCAUUCCUCUUGGUGUCACGUUUCUAAGUUAUACAGCUUUUUGUUUUUUCUUUAUUCAAUGCAGCAAUAAUCACCCUAAAUCUUUUCCUUUUCUUGUGUUGGGGGAGAACCAUGCUUCGCAACACCUUUUUACAGCCUUAUGGAUGUGCCUUCUAGUUGAAAUCAAAGGUAUUACAUUAUAAAUUGCUCUACCCAGAUAUAACGGUAUAAAAAUGUGUAUAUAUAGAUGGAUGAGUUAUUUUUAUUAUUGGCUUUUAAAUGUAAUCAUCUGUUUUUUGAGGAUUUUUUUUUUUAAAUGCUGGUGUUUGUUGGAGGUUGGCAGAAAGUCUCCACGAUAGCAUAAAAAGCGUUCUCUGGUGUUUACAUUUGUUAAAUCCCCCCCCAAAACUGUGUUUUGUUCUUUUGUUUUGUUCACCAGGAUCUGUGUUUUCCUUGAGUUCAUUUAUUUGUCUUCCUUUAAGUUGUGGAAAUGAAAUAGUUGUUAGUGCAGGAUCCUGUACAGACCUAACACUAGACACCAUCGACUUCAACUCUGAAAGAUGUUUUGGCGGUCUCCAAGAAUGUCGUCUUAGAAGAAAGCACCCACAGGUCUAGGUAUUGGAAGUUCCACGGGGGCUUUUUUCCCAGGCUAUGUCAGAGGUAGCCGCAGUCGACUAGAACUGGGUUUUAGCAUGGCCAUGCUAAAUGUCCAGAUGUCUACCAAAAGCUGCUAACAUGAACAAAUCCCUGGCUGUGCCCAACAUUGAAGUCUCCUUUAGGUUGCCAAAGUGGACUAUAAUUCUAACUUGAGAGGCACCAAGUGUACUGGCAUUUGUGAAUUAUGAUGUCCUUAGGGGUUUGUGAAGGUCUGAGUUACGAACGCGCUUAUCUCAAGUUAGGACGCUAGCCCUUGGUCUGCUACUUUUGGAGUGAAUCCACAGAAAAUGGCCUAGGCCUUCUUACUGAAUGAAGACUUUGCCUUAAUGCUAGAUGUAAUGGUGGUCAUUGUAGCUGAAAUAUAACUCAUACUGGCUGUAUGAUUGUAGUAGUGGGUCAGUGUUGAGGCAGCUGCGUUUUUUUUUUUUUGUCAGUCUGUCAUCCAAACAAUGACAUGCAUAUAAACCAUCUCCCAGCUCCCUUAGUUACAUGAAAGCAUAAAGAAUGUGUGCUUGCUGCAGGGUUAACCGUGGCUAGAGAAGUGCUGAUUGGUGUGAAUGUAUUUUUUCCCCCAGUAGUGGUGGCAUUAGCUCAUUCUGCCUCGGACAAUGGUGCCUGGACAUACUCAUGUAGAUAGUUUCAUAGCACUCAACAGUAAACCGGGGGGGGGGGGGGCGUGUGAAAUGCAGAAACAACUGCCACUUUGAAUUGUGUGUCAAGAUCAGUGGGUAAUUGGUCCGUUUCUGUUAGAACAGUUUUUCUGAAGAGCGCUGAUACAUGUAUACCUCUAGUAGUCCUGUCAUUAGAGCCCAUGUAGUAGUCCUGUCAUUAGAGCCCAUCUAGUAGUCCUGUCAUUAGAGCCCAUCUAGUAGUCCUGUCAUUAGAGCCCAUCUAGUAGUCCUGUCAUUAGAGCCCAUCUAGUAGUCCUGUCAUUAGAGCCCAUGUAGUAGUCCUGUCAUUAGAGCCCAUCUAGUAGUCCUGUCAUUAGAGCCCAUGCCUGGUUCAUUUGACCGUUUAAGCUGGUCUAUAAAGCUACACUUCUAUGAAAGUGGUUUGUAACACGUGAGGGCUUUCUCUGAGGAGGAGGGGGGGGUAAAAUGGCCAAUUUGCAGGUAUCAAUGUUCAGUUAGUCUCUAACUUGUGAAUGGGGGAUUUCAGUGGGAACCGCUGAAAGCUUUUUUCUUUUUUUGGAUCAGAACAGGGUUAUUUGUGUUCAUAAUGUACAGUAUUGCCCGCGCCUUACCCGAGCCGUCUAUGGGCCACCCCCUUUAGGUUGGCCACGUCACAGCCCAUUCUCCUCCCCGGUCCGUGUCAUUCUUUAUGCCAGUUUUACACUGUGUGACUGGCCAAGGCUCGGGACCAGUCACACAGUGGCACGAGGCUCGGGUCAGUUGAAUGUACGCCUGACAGACACUACAGGGGAAGGACAGCCUCUCUUCUGCCGCUUACAUCGUUCGUUCACACUUUCUGCUACAUUGUAUUUCUUUUUUUUUAAAUCAUAAUCCCACAUGGAAAUGAAAGUGCAGUGCGUUGAUGAUUUCUUUGGUCCAGUGUACUUUCACCACACAGUUGACUGCAUCUAAGCAUUGUCCUUCGAGGACAAAUACAACAUGUGAUUAUGAAUGAAUAUAGAUAUAUAUAUAUAUAUACAUAAUAUACAGUGUGUAUACAUAUAUUAUACAGUAUGUGUGUAUAUAUACAGUAUGUAGCGCUCCAGUAUAUAUACUAGUGUAUAAAAACAUUUCUUGGAAAUAUGUGCAAAGCAUGUCAUUAUAUUUUUUAAAUGGGUGGGGGUUGUAAAGCUUUUUAGAAACCAGAUGGUACAAUCUUACUAAUCGAGAUCUGUUCUAUGUACCGUGUGUAUAAAGCACUUGACCCUCAGUUAGCGUGACGAAGCAACAAUGUUCCAGACCGACAACACGGGUUACUCUACAUUUCUAUUUAAGUAUGUAAGAAAAUGUAUCAAUACAAAUGUGCGGGGGAUCUUUGUCGCUGUAGUGUGAAAACAACAAACUUGCUGUCUAUGUCGCAACCAAAUAAUGUGUGUUGGUGUUUUCCAUUGAUGUACUGUAUAACUAGAUACACAGGAUAGGGGGGGGGGGGGGGUUGAGGAGACAUACUGUAACAUCCUCUCAAUGUCCAUAUUUAGCCUGAGCUUUACACUACUGUGCUCUGUCCAUGAGACCAAAACACGUUGCCUGUAACUUGUCCACACCAUGUUGAGGUCUAUAACUUUUUUUUUUUUUUGCCAAAGCCCCCCCACCCAACACCUGUAUUCAGUUGUUGUGAGGCAUGAUGAUGGAGUAAGAAAAAUGUAAUGGUCAAUAUUUCCCAUGAUUCAGAUUCCUUAGUUCAUACUGUAACUCUCGAAGAAUAGAGACAUGUAAAUAUAAAGCAGUCUAACGAUAUAAAUUGAGGGAUUGGAAUAUUAAUGGCAAAUUAAUAUGGAGAAAGAUAUUUAUUUUAGUUUAGAAUUCUCCUUUUUCCUUUUUAUUAAAGUUAAUUUGCAUGUUGAUUUUUGAAAUUUGAUCUAUUUCAGUUUCUCUUUUUUCAGUCUGUACAUUUCUAUCUUUUAUAUACCUUUUGAAAGAAAAGCUGUGUUGACAAUGCGGUUUUGAAGAUGUUUUCUCCUGCUCUCCCAUCUCGGUAGAUGUGAUCUACCUAGCUGGUUGAAACAGGAAUGUUUUGAUAUACUGUACUGUUAACUGUCACAAAUAUGCUUUUUUUCUAACAUUUUAACAGUUAAGGUUACCAAUACUUUGUACAUCUUUAUUGCAAUAAAUAAAUCAAAUGAAAUUAAUCAGUCA